CUCUUCUUUUGCCCACGCCGGCUGCACCAUGACCGACGGUGAGGUCGUUCCUGUUACGAGCUGGAGCAAAGGCGAUCUGCAGCUGUGGGCGUCCGGGUGGGGUAUUGAGCGCGAGGUGACCAAGCUCAACCAUGUCCACCGACAGCUCAAGUCGGUGCUCACCGUGAUGGAGGGGAAGGAGAUCCAUAACGUGGAGCUCGCGCGAUCUCUUAGGGAAGCCCGUGGUAUGGCCUCCCACGGCGAGGACCUCUGGAGCGGGCUGGAGUACUACCGCUUCCAGGAGGCCGACGGCGGCGGCGAGGAUGGUCGUUGGGUCGAUGGAUCUCAAGGUCUCCUGGGCCUGGUCGAGGAAGAAGGGGGAUCAGGGACUGCCGUUGUCGACGACAUGCCACAGGUGAGAGAGAUGGCCAUGCUGGUAGCCUCAUAUCUCCACCGGAGAUUUUUAUUUAUCACUGAUCAUCAUACAAAAAUAAAAAAAUGAUACACCUUGCUAAGUUUUCUAAGGUUAAAACAGCCAUAAUAAUUGCGUUUAUAGGUUUUCCUCAGAAAAUCUUGGACAAUUUGGAAAAAAUGGGCUCGAUUUCUAUUCGCCUUUUUUGAUGCCCAAGUUUAUCCGAAUCCUGGCUAUAUGUAGAUCUAGCACAAGAAGCUACAUAUUUCUCAUGAUCUGCCGCUAGGAUACUGAAUAGAAAAGGCUUGAUAAUACGACUCUUCAUCAAUAUGCAUAUGCAUGUGGGCAUAGAUGUCUUACGCGGUUAACGGACGGAUUAAGCACACGGUCAACUAUCCUAUCCUUGUCAAAAACUUCUUGCCAUUCUGUCUAGGAGUGCUGAACGAAUAAGCACACGGUCAACUUCUUGCCAUUCCAUGUGGCUGUGCUGAAUAAUACUCCUGCCAUCCCAUAAUAUAAGAUUGGUUGUAGUAACAUAUUAUAUGAUGGGACAGAGGGAGUAUUAAACAUGCACAUAUAAGGGUAUCUUCACGCUGACCUUCAAACAGGACACCGCAUUUCGCAGACCGGGGACCAGUCCGUGGACAUUAAUGCGGGAGCCGGCCAUUCAAUCAUAGUCGUAUAUACGUUAAACCGGAUUUAUCAAAUGAGAUGAAUUAUAUGUAAACCGAAGGAUUUUCAUCUAAACACAUUAAUUACAUUUUGGAGAUAUUUUAGCUAAAAAAAGUGGCCGGACUUAAACCUAGCUUACAGUGGCGCCCGUCCUCCACUUUCCCUCCUUGUUACCCUCCGGCGAUCGCCGGGUCCAUCUAGCCGUCUCCAUGAGCAGCGGGCAUAAGACCCAUGAAGUGAAUGUGUGGUUGCCAGCGAAGAAGAGUAGAACAUGGGAGACGGACCGGUCCACUUAGGACUCGAGGCACCGCCACCACCCAUGCCCUACUCAUCCCUCCCCAAGUCCACGACAUGUCCAUUGCUAGUGGGUCCACGAUGGGCGUGGAGGGGGCGGCACACUCGCCGUCUCACCGACACGGCCAAACACCAUUUGGCGGCACAUAUGACACACAGCUAGCGGCGUUCUUGUCCGCGACCGCCUCCCCGUCUGACUGCGCCGCCUGUACGUUGCAAGCGGCGGCUUGAGUGUGGGCGGCCUCUAGAGCGCCUGCUGCUUGGCGAAGAAGUUGGGUUUUGCCAUGGACAUUGCAGCCACGGCUUCCUCGCUCGUGCGAUCUCUAUCCUCCUGGCACGACGGCUCUGCUAGGCGGCCGCAAGGGCGGCCACCUGGUACUUCUCCAUCGAUAGGCUCUCCCACAUAGCGUUGCCGCUCACAGUCAUGAUGGAUGUGGUGCACGGGAGGAAGAUGUGGAGCGGAUGAGUUGUGGCGUGGCGUGAGUCGGGUGUGGCCGCCUUUAAAUAGUGGGUGCUGGUUAGGCCAAGCGUCCGAGUGUGUCAUUGCGUGGGCAUCAGAGUUGCUUUCUCGGCUGGCAAGCUUAUUUAAUGGUGGCAGAUGGAGGGACGGGCAUUGCGGGCGUGGAUCCAUCUUGUCUUGUCCAGUAAACAUCUCUCUGGCAUUGAACAUGCACGAACACCGGAGACACGGUGCGGGUGGCGCCCUCGGUCGGUGAGCCAUUUCAAUGCCAGCGCUAGCGAGAGGUCACAUCCACUCUGGACUAGUGUCAAUGCGGAGCGGCUUCUCUAAAGCGGCAUGAAUGCAGGCAGUUGGCUUCCGGCAGAGAAGGGAGCGAGCAAGGAAGAGGGGUUUGGGUGGGCCAUGGUUGUUAGAAGUGGGCGUGGCAGCGGUCCGGACGCCCGCAAAGCCCCCUCCCCUGGUUUGCGGGAAAAAGAACGUCCGGACCACCAGGCGGACCAAUACAGGACCGCGUUGGAUGACAAAACAUGUUCAGACAGUCCGGUCCGGACUAUUGCGGGCGGUUUGAGCGUCGGUGUUGGAUAUGCCCUAAGUAAUUAUAUAUGCCAUUCAGCACUAUUAGUGUAGAAUAAAUUAUUUUACAUCUAGGUGUUACAUCACUACAUUCAGAAUUUACGUGUGGUAUAUAAAUUAUCAUCAUCAUAUUGAUUCACAACUCAAAAGAACAACAAAAGAAAUGCAGGAUAUGGGUCAUAACACAAUCAAACCACAAAAAUUACAUUUUUUUUUCUUGAGCAAUUGUUGUGAUAUGUAAAUAGAGCACCACAAAAAUUACAUUGCUAUGUAUGUUUUAUGUCAUGUUUUUACAUUUACAAUUUACGUAAGUAAAUAAAUUAUAUGUUUAGGACACUUUUUCGUUUGUUUGAUUGACUUCCGAUGGCGCCUCUCCCUCAUGUUCUGCGGACUCAUGUUGACUAUUGGUUGUUUCAACAACUAGGCGUUUUGGUGCUAAAACCUUGUGGUUGCAGAAUGAGCCCCCCCCCCUUCCUUUUAUUCUUGAUCUUGAACUCUAUCUCUGGUGUAAUACUCGUCCAUUUUGGGCCCUUUCGAAUACAAAUUCAGGCGGGGAAUCACCCCCCCCCCCCCAUGAGCUUUACUUGGCGUAAAAAUAUGGUGUAGGGGCUUAAAAAUAAGGUGGUGUUGAACAACGAAACCAUGGCUUUAUGUUUGGUGUAUAAAUAUAUCAUCCAUGUUGACUCAUAUCACAAAAAUUCAGCAUAACAAACACAAGUCGUAACAACUAAAAACUUCAAAAAUUGCGUUGAUAUGUAUAUUUUAUGUCGUGUUUUUAGUUUUGUAAUUUUAUAUCAUGUAAACAGACUAUUUGACACCGGUAUACAUAUUUGUACGUCCUUCUUGACUUCCGAGGAGGUAAGAUAAAAAUUAUGUGACACAAAAUAUGGUUCAAUGUCGAUAAAUAUGGCUUUAGUAAAUACUACAUUAACCAAGAAUAACAUGAAUUAUAUAACAACUCUACGACUAAACAAAGACACAUUUACAUAUAUGGCAAGUUGACAAGUGAAAAAAGCAAGUAAUUGACAUCAGUAGUUCAAUGCUAGCCAGGACCGACAACAAGUACUAACAAUUAAUCCCUCACAAAAAUACCAAUAAUUGAUAAUUUCAUAAGGCAAUAGUCCAAUAAGUAAAGCUAAUUUUUCUAUCACGUAAAACUUCGCACAAUACAACAAGGCCACUGAAUAGUGGACACAUGCAUGCACACAUGCAUUGGCACAUCAGUGACAUUAUAUUUAAUAAGUUACCCAUUGUUGUAAACAUAUUUCAUAAGGCACGCAACAACAAGUCACAAAAAUCAAUCACACAACCACAUAAUCACAAGGGGGGGAGGGUGGUGGGGAGGGUGAAGGAUCAAAGGUAUCGACUAGGUGGUAGGGGUAGUGAAUAGGUGACUACAAAUUGUUCUUCUUAUUGCAUAUUUAAGGGAGUGCAUGCAAAUCUUUCUAGAUAUGGAACUAUGUGUGACACCCUAUAUGAUCUAGCAAGCAAUAUAAUAGCAACAAGUAAAGUAGUGGAUAGAGAUAACGGAAGCACACGGAGAGGAAGAUCUAUUAUGAAGUUGACUUCCGUGGGGGAAGCUAAGCUCUGUUUGGAGUGGUGUGCGGAACCUAAAGUACUUCCCCACCCCUCCCUCCCUAAUGAUACAAAGUGUCACCUACUUCUCCGUUAGCCUCACCACAAAAAGUUUGGGCUCACUCCACUAGUGGCAAGUCUUGAGCUUGCCUCCAAUCUUCACAAACUCGGGGGAAAUGCACAAUCUAGGAUCAUCAACAAUGACUCCUACCUCCAAGGAGUCUCCAACAUCCAAAAGUAACAAGAAUCAUGGUUGAUUGGGAAAAAUUGCUAAAAUGCUUGAACUUCUUAGGUUAAAAGGGGAAAAACUUGGAUCUUCGAUCUGUUGGAAAUAUGCCCUAGAGGCAAUAAUAAAAGGAUUAUUAUUAUAUUUAUUUGUUCAUGAUAGUUGUCUUUUAUUCAUGCUAUAACUGUAUUAUCCGGAAAUCAUAAUACACGUGUGAAUACAUAGACCACAAUAUGUCCCUAGUGAGCCUCUAGUUGACUAGCUCGUUGU